AUGGGAAAGAGAAAGAGUUCAGGGGGCUGGAAAGCAGAGCACAAAGUGACACGAGACACAGAUUGGUGGAUAUCGGUGGAUGUGGGAGUAAAGGUCUCUCAGUCUCAGACUGUGGAGGCUCAGCCUGGUGAAGAAGUCACACUGCGGUGCAACAACACCCACAACAAUGGUGCGGUGAUAUUCUGGUUCAGACUGGACAACAGAACCGAGGUCAGCUGUGUCUCUGUCAUGAUCCACUCCAAUGAAGCUAAAUACUGCGAAGGAUUUCAAAAUGGGAAAUUUGAAAUGAGAAGCAGCAACAACAUUGUCUCUCUCAAAAUCGGUUAUGUGGUCAAAUCUGAUGCUGGACUGUAUUUCUGUGGAUUUUACACUGAUGGAAUUCCAACUUUCAGUGUCAUACGUUUAAAUGUCAAAGGCAGCAAUGAGCCACAUGAUGACGAGGACAGCAAAGGAGAGUCUGACAGAAUAGCAAAGCUGACGAGUGUGACCCUGGGUGCUCUGACUGUUGUCCUUCUGCUGGUCAUCAUCGGUCUGGUCGUUAAAAACAGGAAAAUUCCAAAUCUGCUCUACGAUCAGCUGAGGGAUGCAGCCCUGGGUUUUCACCCAACACCAGUAAGAAGCAGGAGGCCUGCAUCAGAGAGAGAAGUGGAAACUCAUGUCAUUUAUACUGCCAGCAGACAGACUCAGAGGGGUUCAGAGUUCAACUGAUGCUUUUAUCAUGUUAAAUCUGUUAUCUGCUGUUGUGUUCUCUGACUAAAUAACAGACUCGUCCAAGCGCUUUCGCUAUCAUGUCGUCCUGGUUUUGUCUGAGCUUGUGACUGUCCAGAUUGAACAGUGAUAGAUGGAGGUCUAUAGCAACAGAGGAGUGAGUGAGGUUCACCUCACUUGUUUGACAGGAAGACGCAGGGCAGUGUGGUCUGAGCACAACUGAGCAGAAAACCAUAAGGUCUGUUAGA